CUGGCCAAUUGCACGAUUUCAGUUGACCAAAAGAAUUUUAUCGCCAAUUUUCCUUGGUCAUGGCCGCUCAGAUUUCAGUCCAGCCAAGCGCAAGCAAGAUUGCACCACAAACACCACGAAAGCAUAUCACUCCGCAGUGGGUCUCACUAGUCGCUGGUGGUGUAGCCGGUGGCGUAGAGGCAGCAGUGACAUAUCCAUUCGAAUAUUCCAAAACGAGAGUCCAGCUUGUCCAACAUGGCUCCGUGGCUAAGACAAAUCCCAUGCGGCUGAUCCUAGAGGUAGCUCGACAGGAGGGAGUCCGGUCUCUGUACACGGGGUGUACCACGUUAAUAGUGGGCACUGCUGGGAAAGCAGCAGUGCGAUUUUUGUCUUACGACACAAUCCGUAAUGUUCUAUCUGAUGAGAAUGGGAAGCUUUCAGCAGGAGGAGGACUUUUGGCUGGCAUGGCAGCUGGUGCUGUUGAGAGCGUUCUAGCCGUCACCCCUACCGAAAGAAUCAAAACUGCAUUGAUCGAUGAUGCAAAGACAAAUCGUCAGUUCAAGUCUGGUUUGCAUGCUGCAACAGUGCUAGUCAAACGACAUGGGCCUUCAGAACUCUACCGUGGCCUUGUUUCCACAACAAUCAAACAGUCAGCUACCUCAGCAGUACGCAUGGGAACAUACAACAUUCUCAAAGAAAUGACCAAGAAGCAAGGAAUUGCCUCUAAUGUAUUCACCUCCUUCGGAACCGGAGCUUUGGCGGGAAUUGUAACCGUCUAUGCCACUCAACCCUUUGACACCAUCAAAACGAGAGCGCAGAGUGUCCAAGGUGCUGGAAUUGUGGAGGCAGUCAAAAGCGUCAUGCAGGAUUAUGGAAUCAAAGGGUUCUGGAAAGGAAGUUCUAUGCGACUCGGACGCCUUUUCCUCAGUGGUGGAAUUGUAUUCUCUGUAUAUGAGCAGGUAUCAGCCCUGCUGGCUCCAGCAACAUCUGUAUAG